AUGGUGGGAAUUCUGUCAGCUGUAAGAUAUCUUCUCGAAAAAAAUAUUCUUCACAGAGAUCUUAAGCCCGGAAACAUUUUGAUAGGAUCUGACGAACAAGUUAAACUAGCAGAUUUCGGGCUAGCUAUUCUUAUGCAGGACUUGAAUCCAAUGAGUGUUAGUGGAACACCAAAUUAUCUUGCUCCGGAGAUUCUUAUGAAGCGUGGUCAUUCUGAAUUCAGUGAAGUGUGGUCAAUCGGCUGCAUGCUGUACUGCAUGCUAAUUGGGAAGCCUCCAUUUGAGUCGGAAAGCCUAGAGGAAACAUACGCAAGAAUCCAGACUGGUCAAUACUCGUUCCCAACGUCGACCAAGAUUUCCUGUGAAGCGAGAAACCUCAUCGAGGGGUUUGUAUCUUGA